AUGUCUUAUGUUGAUUUGCAAAACGCCUUUAGUACUCUACACAACGAGGCCAAGGAAGCUUUCAAACACUUGGCCUCUAAUAAGAAAAUUUUCAGUCAUUUAGAAAAGAAGAUUUCUGAUUCCGAAAAGGAAUUAGAAACUCUUAAGAAAUCUAUGAUAGAGGAUACUAAAGAGAGAACAAGGGUUCUCGAUAGUGGAUGCUCAAGACACGUGACAGGUGACUCUUCCUUAUUCUUUGACUUUGUGGCUAAGAAGAAAGGGUUUGUGACUUACGGUGACAAUAACGAGGGAGCUAUACUCGGAAAAGAAUCUGUGCAUGUUUCCUUCGAUGAGUCUUAUCCGAAAACUGUCAGAGAAGGUAGUAUUGUUGAUGGUGCAGGUGUUCCCUCAGAAGGCAUAAUAAAAGAUCAAGAAGAAAAUCGUGUUGACACCCAUCCGAAAAAAGCUGAGGAGGAGCCGGAUCUUAAUUCCGAAAAGAAAGAGGAGGAUCAUUUCAUCAGUAACACUGAUCUUCCUUUGGAAUGGAAAUCUUCCAAGGAUCAUCCCAUUGAUAAUAUUAUAUGA